CCGCGGCGAGUAUAUAAGGAGCCUCGCUGCUCAGUGCGUUAACAUUCUACCUGACGGCUCUCAAAGAUGCGAGCUCUGAUUCUGUUGUGCGCUGUGGGCCUGGUUGCCGCCCAACGAGGCUUCUUCCAGGGGCAAAACUUUGGCCGGCAACGAAGGCCCCAGUUUCAAAACUCGUUCGGAGGAGGAGGAGGUGGCGGUGGAGCCGUGGACGACAGGAACGGACGCAGUGACUACCACUUCUCGUGGCGCCACGACGGAGGACGCCAGUACACUGGCCAGGGCGCCGCGGGAUACUGCCGAGGACUGGGUGGCGGGUGGGCCGCUGUGAGCAUCAACUCUCCUAACGAGAACGCCUUCGUUCAGAAAGUUAUUCAAGGAGAGCGCCUAGAAUACAUCUGGACCGGAGGCGUCGGUGGUGGCGGCGGAGGCUUCAGAUGGGCUGAUGGUUCCGGCGUCUCGUUCGCUGAUUGGUCCCACACUGGAGGAGCUCGCCGACCUCAGCCCGACAACCGCGAGGGCAACGAGUUCUGCCUCGCCGUCCUCAAUAAUUUCUACAGCGACGGCGUCAAGUGGCACGAUGUCGCUUGCAGUCACAGGAAGCCAGUCAUCUGCGAGCGGGGUUAAACAAACACCAUUCGCCCCCUCGUAGAUUUUAUUUAAUCGAAACUCUUCACAUUUUCCAAUUCAAACCUGAAACUUGCACCUCUCAUCGAGAACUCGUUAAUACUAAUUGGUUAGUCCUUCACGCCCGUGCACAUGCAAUAAUUUUUAGUUAGUGGCUUCAUGUGUUCGAUGCAUCGGUGUCGAACAGUGAGAAUCUCGGUUUUGGAAGCGAAAAUAAACUUGAAAAUUCAUAAAGAUAAUCCUUCGAGUAUGAUAAAUCAAAAAUUUUAGACCCGAGAACAUGGUGUCGAUAGAGGACUGCUCCGCUAGAAACGGAUAAACGAAUACGAACGCAUUUCACUAACACCGCGAACAUUGACACGUUCAAACGACCGCUCUUUAUGUGAUGAAAUAUUCCUUCAGCGGCGUACUAAGCGAACGCGCCGUAAACGAUGUCGCAUCUACGCCCGUGAUUAUGUAUAGCAAUGCUAGGUUUAUGCUGGCACAUUGAUCGAACUGUUACAAACGUGCUAUUUAAUAAUUAUUUUUGUAUUUAAUUUGGAACUGAAUAAACUGUUUCCUACUUGA